AAAAAAAAAUUAACAAGCAAAUUGCUCGAAGCUCAUAUUUAUAGCAAUUUAAUUCCUGAUCAUAUGUAAAUCUAAUUAAAAGUUUGUUAAAUUUAAAAAUGGCAAUUCCGAUAACCGAGAGUCCACCGCAAAAUAAUUCUUCCGGAAUUCCUCCAGAAUCAAAUAAACCGACUCAAAAUAAAAUUUCAGUAAUUCGUAAAAAUAUCACUAUAUUCCUAACAUCAAACUUCAAAAAGGUUAUUAAGGGAACAUUAGCUUAUUGGUUAGCAUUUUUAAUUAUAUUUAUCGAUGUAUUUCGAAAUCAUUUUAAGAAUCCACAAACGCUUUUUAAUAUUGUACUUCCUACAAUAAUCCUAAAUCCCGCAGCAACAUUAGGAGAAUUUGUGCAAACGGUAGCUUUUUUAAUAUUUGGUAUAUUGAUAGGUCAUUCGUUAUUCAUAUUAGAAGCGGGAGCAUUAGGAAAUAGUGAAGUAGCAAUGAUAAUUUUAUUAUUUGUGACCACAUAUUUAACAUCAAUCAUAAGAGCUAUUAAUAUGAAAUAUUUUGGAUUUGGUCUAAUAAUUUGUGUUGGAGCAUUUCAAGGAAUUUUUACUAGGAUUAUAUUUGGGACAUUCAGAGAAAGUUUUUUAAGUGAUGCUACAGUUACGUAUUUUAUAGGAAUAACCAUCGCAUGGGUAGUUAAUGUAAUCAUAUGGCCAACAACAGCUGAACGUAAUUUAAUCUCACAAAUCUGUAUUUCGCUUACAAACUUAAGUUCGUUUCACACAUUAUUAUUAAAAGAUUAUUUACUUUCUCUAAAUGAGGAUGAAAUAUCUCGACUUAAAUCUUUUUCCACACAAAUUCGAUCCGAUGCGUUUUCUCUGGUUCGCAUAAUAGAUGCAUUAGAAGCAGAAUUAACGUAUUCAAAAUUUUCAAUAAAAGAGUAUAAAGACCAAGUACGUUGUAUAAAUUUAAUGCAACUACAUUUACUUGGUUUAUAUAAUAGUAUGUCAAAAAGAUGUAAGGAAAGAUUUGAUAAAGAUUCAUUACAUUUACUUAAAGAAAAUUCCAUGGCAUUAAAUGAAGUAUGUAGAAAAUCUAUCAUUUCAUUUCAACAAACUAUAGACCCUCAAUAUCAUAAAAAUAAAAAGAUUGCUGAAAUUGUUAGAGAGAAUGAAUUAGAAAAGGGUGAAAUUAAAAAUGAUGAAGUAGAAGAACUAGAUGGAAAAAUUUGGCAAGAUAAUCUACGAAGUAGUUUAAAAGAAUAUGAAGAAAAACAAAGUAAUAUUAUGAUAGAAUUACUUCACCUAGAAAAUAUUACCUUAGAUGAUGUUUAUACUGAAAAUAUCACAUCUACAAAAGAUGACGAAUCUAUUAUUACAAUUGAAAGUGAGAAUAAAGUAGAACUUGACGAUAACAUUAUUUUGAAAGAAUCGACAUGGGAAGAUAUAUUUUUCAGCUAUUUUUUUACGUUUGGUUUUAGAGAAUAUGUUGAAGAAUUAUUAAGACUUGGAAAGAUUGUUAAUAUAAAAGGAGAGAAAAAAUUGAGAAUCAAUUAUAAAUGGAUGAUACCUGAUUUAUUCAAAAAGAAAAUUAAAAGCGAUGAUGGUACAAGUUACGACAAAUAUUCUAACCCCAUUGUUACGAUUAGAGUUAAAUUAGCAAAGUUUUUGUAUGCAUUUAAAAGUAAUAUUAGUAUAUCUGCGAUUAAAACGGGCGUUGCUUUAAUUAUUUAUAUAUUACCGUUAUUAAUUGGUGGAAGUGCAAAAGAUUUCUUCGUAAGAUGGAAUAUAAACACCGGUGUUGUUUCGGUGCUUGUUUUAAUGACUCCCGUUAUUGGCCAAACUUAUGUAAACUUAUCCAUUUUAAUUGCUGGAACAAUAUUUGGAUCAAUUUGGGCUUACGUCUCUUUAAUAGUAUGGGAAACAAAUCCAUAUGGAUUAUCAUUUUUCAUAAUAUUAUAUGCAAUAUUAAUGUACUAUAUAGCAAGUAUACCUCGCUUGGCUCUUGUGAGUUUACUUUCAAGAUUAUCCUACGCAACCGUAUUGAUACCACAAUUUGUAAUAAUGAAGAAUAAAAUACCAAAUGCUAAUAGUCCGAUAGUAGCAACAUACAAAAAUUUGGCUAUUACAGCCAUUGCAAUUAUAUUAGCAUUCAUAUUACAAAUAGUCAUUUAUCCUAAUUUGGCAAGGCACGAACUUCGAAGAAGCUUAUCUAACAUAAGUGUUAAUUUGAUACUUUAUUUUGAGGAAUUUUGUACAAUCUUUAAUAAGUUGCUUUCAAAUACUUCGUUGACAAAAAAGCAACGCGAAGAUGAAUUACAAAAAAUUGACGACGAUUUAAGACAUGUAGAACUUAAAAUACAAAGAUCUAUAAUUAAAAUACAACCAUUAUUUGCUUUCUCAUCUGCUGAACCAAGAUUAAUUGCUCCAUUUCCUAUUCUAAAAUAUGAUAUUGUUUUAGUUCAUUUACGACAUAUAUUAGACAGACUUUCUUGGGCUAGAUUAGUUACAAUGAGUAGGAAGGAUUUUUCAGAUAAUUUCGUUCACAAUUUGGUUAUUCCACUUCAUAAGGCUAGAACUCAAUUACAAAGUGUUGUAGUUGUAUUAAUGUAUUUAUUUGCUAAUGCUUUAAUUAGUAAACGUCCUUUACCUCAUAUUUUACCUAAAUCUACAGAAAUGAGAAAUAAUUUAUUUAAUGAAGCAUAUAGGUUGGUCAAAGAAUUAACAAUCAAUGAACAAAGAAAUAGAAACAAAAAUAGGGAAGAUAAUAAUACUUUUAUUUUAAAAGAUCCUGAGUAUAUUAGAUUUUAUGCUGUUUCUUCGAUUAUGGGAGGUAUUGCUAAUCAUGUCGACGCUAUUGGUGAUGUGCUUAAAGAUUUAUUUGGUGAAACAGUUGGUUAUACUUAAAACUGUCUAUGCCUAAAUAUAUUUUAUUAUAUU